GUGAAAAAUAAAGCACCUGCAGAAGUUCAGAUCACAGCAGAACAGCUUUUAAGAGAAGCAAAAGAGAGAGAGCUUGAACUUCUUCCACCACCUCCUCAACAGAAGAUCACAGAUGAGGAGGAGCUAAAUGACUAUAAACUUCGCAAAAGGAAGACUUUUGAAGAUAACAUAAGAAAAAACAGAACUGUUAUCAGUAACUGGAUAAAGUACGCACAAUGGGAGGAAAGCCUAAAAGAAAUACAAAGAGCUCGUUCCAUUUACGAACGUGCUUUAGACGUAGACUACAGAAAUGUCACUCUCUGGCUGAAAUAUGCAGAAAUGGAAAUGAAGAACCGCCAGGUUAAUCACGCCCGCAACAUUUGGGAUCGAGCCAUUACUACCCUCCCCAGGGUCAACCAGUUCUGGUAUAAGUAUACUUACAUGGAAGAGAUGUUGGGGAAUGUUGCUGGAGCACGUCAGGUGUUUGAACGUUGGAUGGAGUGGCAACCAGAGGAGCAAGCUUGGCAUUCCUAUAUUAACUUCGAGCUGAGAUACAAGGAGGUGGACAGGGCGCGUACCAUUUAUGAGAGAUUUGUUAUUGUUCAUCCUGAUGUUAAAAACUGGAUCAAGUAUGCCCGCUUUGAAGAGAAGCACAGUUACUUUGCUCACGCAAGGAAAGUAUAUGAGAGGGCAGUGGAGUUCUUUGGAGAAGAGCAUAUGGAUGAGCAUUUGUACGUGGCUUUUGCAAAAUUUGAGGAGAACCAGAAAGAAUUUGAAAGAGUAAGAGUGAUCUACAAAUAUGCCUUGGAUAGAAUUCCAAAACAGGAGGCCCAAAAUCUCUUUAAGAAUUACACCAUCUUUGAGAAGAAGUUUGGGGACAGAAGGGGAAUUGAAGACAUUAUUGUCAGCAAGAGGAGAUUCCAGUAUGAAGAGGAAGUGAAGGCGAAUCCACAUAAUUAUGAUGCAUGGUUUGACUAUCUGAGGUUAGUUGAAAGCGAUGCUGAUGCCGACACUGUCCGAGAAGUGUAUGAAAGAGCCAUUGCCAAUGUUCCCCCAAUUCAAGAGAAGAGACACUGGAAGAGAUAUAUCUAUCUUUGGAUCAAUUAUGCAUUAUAUGAAGAGCUGGAGGCAAAGGAUCCAGAACGAACCAGACAGGUGUAUCAGGCAUGUAUUGAGCUCAUUCCACACAAGAAGUUUACGUUUGCCAAAAUAUGGCUGCUGUAUGCACAAUUUGAAAUACGACAGAAAAAUCUUCCGCUUGCCAGAAGAGCUUUGGGGACAUCCAUAGGUAAAUGUCCAAAAAACAAACUGUUUAAGGGUUAUAUUGAAUUGGAAUUACAAUUGCGAGAAUUUGAUCGUUGCCGAAAGCUGUAUGAAAAAUUCCUGGAGUUUGCACCAGAAAACUGCACAUCAUGGAUUAAAUUCGCUGAAUUAGAGACCAUUCUUGGUGAUAUCGACAGAGCCCGUGCAAUAUAUGAGUUGGCUAUUGGCCAGCCUCGGUUAGACAUGCCAGAGGUUCUUUGGAAAUCCUAUAUUGACUUUGAAAUUGAGCAAGAAGAGUAUGAGAAAACAAGAAACCUUUACCGCAGAUUACUUCAGCGGACACAACACGUUAAAGUAUGGAUCAGUUUUGCACAGUUCGAGCUUUCUGCUGGGAAGGAGGAGAGUUUGCCAAGAUGCCGGCAAGUUUAUGAAGAAGCUAAUAAGGCAAUGCGAAACUGUGAGGAGAAAGAGGAGAGAGUCAUGCUUCUGGAAUCCUGGAGAAACUUUGAACAGGAGUUUGGCACUGAUAACACUAAAGAGAGGAUAGAUAAACUUAUGCCUGAAAAAAUAAAGAAGAGAAGAAAACUUCAGGCUGAAGAUGGGUCUGAUGCUGGCUGGGAGGAAUACUAUGAUUAUAUUUUCCCAGAAGAUACUGCCAAUCAGCCCAAUCUCAAGCUACUUGCGAUGGCUAAACUGUGGAAGAAACAGCAACAGGAGAGUGAAGCUGCAGAGAUGGAUCCUGACAAAGACAUUGAUGAAAGCCAGUCUUAGUACAUUGCCUUCUCCCACUCCUUUUUUGGGGUAUUGUACAGUAUUUUCAUUGGUGAUGAAUAAAUGUAUGUGAAGAGUUUUACUAUUACUGACUUAAGACAUUUUUGGUUUGAAAAAAAAAAAAAAAAUUAUGGUGAUUCCAGUUAAGAGUCUCUGCAUUUCUAACAACUGAACAGAAAAGUCAUAGGGCAAGUGUAGAAGUCUGCAGUUAUUACCAAUGUUCUGAGAACUAUAAGAAGUGGUGGAUUGCAGCUUUGUUUUUAAACACGAGACCAGCCUUUCUGAGGCUCUUAGAAACUGGCACAAGACUGCUUGAUUUAAGGAUAGUAACGUGGCAAGACACGAGAUCUACUUUCUGUAAUAAGAAAGCUGCCUUUAAUCAUUCCUGAUAUAUUUUCCAGUAAUUCUGUAAAAUAUGUAUUGAUCAUGAGGAGAGUUGAAAACAAUAAAAUGCAACCUGUUCGACUUC